AUGAUUUCACUCUUGGGAUAUCGCCCAAAACCUCAUGCGCCUUUAAUUCAUGCCUACAAUACUUUAGGCCUCUGCGAUCAAUACGAGGUUCGCGGAAACAUUGACGUCAUCACGAAGGACGAUGUCGACAAUUUCGACGAGGUCCAGUUCGAUGAAAAACACCGACAAGCUCAGCAUCGCAUCGCCGAGCUCAUCGGUCGAGACUAUCAAGACUUUCUCAUCUUCGACAUGGUCAUUCACGGCAAUCAAAGCGCUGUCUUCCAUGCGACUCUCACCGUCGCUUCAACGCUGGAUCGUCAGACGAUCAUCGAUCGCCUUCACUCAUCCAGUGACGUCGAGAUCUACUAUCUGAGAAAAAUCGCGGUCCGUCGCCGUGUGUCAAGAUUCCAGCGUACACGCGACGACGUCUACUUCUGCCACAACGACGGCGUCCUUUUGCCGAACGCGACAUGCGCGUGUCGUCCCUACACGUCGGGCUCAAUGUGCCAAUUGGUGACGUGCCGCAAUUUCGGCAUCGCCGACGAUUUUCGAUGCGCGUGCCCGCCGGGCAUCUAUUCGACGCAUUGCGAAUCGCGCGUCUGCCUCGGUCGCAUCGACAACGUCAUCGAUUUCACCAGCAAAUCGUUCAUGAUGGCGAUCAACACGCGCAGCUCAAUGGGACUCGACAUCGCGACAAUCAUCAAUGAUCUCAAAGAAAUGGUCAGUGAUUACACGAAUUCCGGAAUCCCAAUUGCCAACUACAUCGUCACCACCUAUCGAAUCACAAAGAACGCCUAUUUCAUGGAAAGCCAGUACUUCACAACAGUCGAUGAUCUUCAAUCCUACCUCUACGACAUCGUCGUCGCCCCAUCGGAUUCCGAUCAGCCCCAUCUCGAUGCCAUCGCCUCCACUCAAUCCUUCCAUCCGUUGAUGCAGCCAAAAUCCAAUGUCUUUCUGUUCGCCGAUUCCGAGAACAUCAACGACACGAAACCCGACACCCAUCUGACCAACACCAACGAGAGCGUCGUCAUUCAGCAAACGCUCGCGUGGAAAAACAAAAUCACCAUUGUUCUAUCGCAAAAACCCGAGAAUCCGCUAGUCGGCUCCGGCGACUAUUUCGAUGUGCUUCGACGCGUCGUCACCGCCACACACGGCGAUCUCAUCAUCAUCGACAAGCAGGAUCUCAAUCAGAUCACCCAGCACCUCAUGUUCUAUCUCAUCGGCACACAGAACACAUUCGUUCAAUACUAUUCGACGCGCAGUCAGGAUAUACCAAUUUAUGGGGAUAUGCCACUUCUCCAAGUGAAAACCGGAAAUCAGGAUUCGUUGAAGACGCGUGUUGUAGGAACAUAUUUCACACUCUAUUAUACCACACCCGAAACCCAAUCAAUCACAAUUGUCGGCAACGAUAAAUACAGCGUCAAGACAUUCAUCAAGUCCAACGACGACGUUCUCAUCAAUUAUGCUUCUGAUGAUCUCAUCGAUGCUGGCUAUGCCUACACAUUCGCUAGAAUCCGUCAAAGACCAUCGCUGACGUCCACUUUCGCCGACACCACCGGCGUCACCGUUCGUCGCAUCGAUUCGUUCACCUCCGAUGAGAUCAGCGGACCAUUGCAGUCGGUGACACGCGAUGACGCGAAUUGCAUGUUCGAUUUCGAGAUCGACGCGAUGACCGAUUGCCCGCCGGGACCAUUCGUCCACGACGUCACCGUCAACACACAAGCCAAGACGUUCCGUCGAGUGAUUCCAGGUUAUUGCGCGACGCCUGACACCCACACGGCGCCAAAGCGCACUUGCGCCAAUGGCGGAACCGUCAGCGGCGACACGUGCUUGUGUCCAGCCAACUUCGAGGGCGCCUAUUGCGAGAAGCCGAUCUGCCAAAACGGCGGCAGCAUCGAUCCGUACCCCAAAGGCAAUGGACGAGGCUAUUGCCUGUGCAAUUUCGGCAUUACCGGCGAUUUUUGCGAGAACAUGAUUUGCGAAUCGCCAGCCGGCGACGAGUUCGAGGCGUCCGAUCGAUCGUUCGGUUUGGUCGUCGAGAACACACUGUCGGCUGUCGACCGUCUCAGCGGUUUGACGAAAGGCCUCCAAUUGAUGUUCAUGCAAGUAGGCGACGCUGACUUCCAAGACUAUGUCGUCACCACGUUCAAAAUGCGAGUGCUCAACGGCACGUUCGUUCCGUUGAUCGUGUCCGACAAGUACAACACGGCCGCCGAGUUCCUCAACGCCACCACAAUGGAGAGCCUUCAAUUCUCCUAUUCGCCCGACACUCCUCAGCCAGGAAUCACAGCGCUCUCCGGCACCCUCAAAUCGCUUCACUACGACAAAUCAUCGGUGUUUUUCUUCACAUCGGCGACAUCCUCGAUAAGCGUCAACGACGCCGGAUUCACCGAUCUCGUGAGGACGGCGAUCGAGAGACAAAUCGAAAUCUCGAUUGUUAUUGUUCCGCCGUACGGAAUCCAGAAGAGAUGCGACGACAAUAUCUACAUAGAAUAUGAGACGUUGGCGCAGAAGACCGGAGGAAACUACAUCAAUCUCUGCCAGAACCACACGACGACAGGCGAUCCGGUUUCUAAUUUCCUCGCUUCCUAUGGUCCGAGUCAUCAUAGAUCCGAGGUGGUCACCUAUUACACCGUCGAUGACUGUUCCAACUUCGUCUCACCAAUUUUCACUCUUACUGGCCCCAAUCCGCAAGCCUAUGUCAUUAUCAAUUCGCCGACCAUUCAAAACUUCACCGUGAAGAACGGCGAUCAAUUAAUGACACCCGAUGCGCAUUCGGUUCCAUUCUUCGGAAGCUAUCCAAUCAAAACCACAACCGGAAAACAAUCAUACUCGAUCAGUGUGCAAGGCGCCAAUGCUAGAUGCUAUAUAAGGGUGUCGGAGAAGAGCCAAUUCUCAGUGUACCUUGGCUUUUCGCCGGAUCCAUCCAAGGAUCGCUAUUCGAGAGACCUCACCUACGGCACCUACCAAUCGCCGGUCCUCUACGUCUCAUCGGACCUUCAAUCCGAACCAUCCAUUGAAUUGCAAGCGUUCGAGCAGGGAAUCGCGCUCUAUUAUUCGGAUCGUGCCGUCAAACGAACAUCGGGAUGCCAAUACUCAUACUUCCUUCAUACACCAUUCACGUGCACCAAACCUGGCGAGACGUUCACCACAACCACCACCAUCGCCACCAGCGACGUGACGAUAAUGCGAACGCAGCGAGCGUUCUGCACACCGCAAAUCGUCUGCCUCAAUGGCGGCUCAUUGGACGAAUCGGGCUACUGCGUGUGUCCUGACGGCUACACCAAUCAAUUCUGCGAGGAUCCGAUUUGCCAAAACGACGGCGUCGUCAACAACUUCAUUUGCCAUUGUCAGCCAUCGUUCAGCGGCAAUCUCUGCCAAUUCAUCAACUGCGACGGUUACAAUUAUGUCGAGACUCACGACCCGCGUGCGCACACCUUCCAGCAGAUCACAUUUGUGAUUGAGGUCAACACGAAGAGCUCGAUGUACACCGCCAUGUACAUUCGCGACAACAUGCAAGCGUUCUUCGACGCCACCGACAAUUUGGCGGCGCCAAAAGUCUACACCCUCAUCGCCUAUGACGACGAGAUGGUCAACAUUGUCGCCUCGUCGGCUCAUCGCGAUCUAUUCCUCGGCGCCGUCUACAAAUAUCUGAACGGAAUAUCGCUCGCCAAAACGCCGACGGGUGUGAAAUCGCUGGCGGGACUUAUCAAAGCGUACGACACUGUUCUCGACAUGCCCGCAAUCAUCUAUCUGUUCACCUCGACACCGCCGCUCAGCGAGCUGACGAAAGCGGCGAUGAAGCAGCGAUUCGGCGCGCAGGUCAAUGUGAUCUACACCGGAGCGGCGGCGAGUCUUCCCGUCGACAUCGACUAUCGGUUGGCGGGAAUCGCGCGGCAGUCCGGCGGUCGUGUGAUGCCAUUGACAAGCCUCGCUGUUCCCAACCUUGUCGCCAAUCAGCUUCCCUUCACCAUCGGCGAAUCGCAAUUGGUGCUCGAUGACGGCAAAGAGGAUUGCUCUUCUGGUGUGAGCUUCACCUUCCCCGUCGAGCUCAACGCCAACUCGCUAACCAUUGAAGCGUCUGGAUCGGGUGUCGGAUUGACAGUGAUUGAUGUCACUGGAAGCAAAAUCAAAAUUGACACGCCAUUGAACGAUCAAAACUACCUGAUCACGAGAAUCAAUGUUUCGAAUUACAUCGAUGGCUAUUGGACAGCAACGGUGAAGAGCGCCGGCGCAUGCUUCAUUCAAGCGCGCCUCGUCACCACGAUGAAAAUCAUCCCGUCGUUCGCGUCCGACAAGACCAACGACUACCCGAGCCCUGUGCCACGAGCUGGCGCCGGCACGCAAGCGUCCGCCUACAUCACAUUCCGCAAUACCGAUCGCACUGCCGCCACUGUCGAUCUCAUAAUGGCACAGGAUACUGAUUUGCACGAGCCGUGGCAAGCCGUUGGCAACGUGAAGAAUAUCACCGUGCUCAAACGUGAUCCGAUUGGAUGCGCGAAUCAGUUUGUCUCGAACUUGGUUAAUUGGACGUCGACCUAUAUGAAAUUUGUGGUGUUUGGAAAAGAUGGGGCUGACAGCGCUUACCAGAGAACCUACUUCUUUUCGAAGUCCGCGGAAGCCAGCGAUUGCUUGAAUCAAGCGACUCUCGACGAAUAUGGAUUCUGCCAUUGCAACGAUCAUUACUAUGGGUAUAAUUGCGCGAUGAGACAAUGCCAAAACGGCGGAACAUCAGUCUUCGGCGUCUGCGAUUGCGUCAACGGCUACUACGGCGAUUUCUGCGAGCAAUAUUUGCCCAAUUAA